AUGCAACAGGCCUCCUCAUGGCGCCUAGGUCCGCUUUCAGUACGGCGCCCACAACCUUUCACAAGACGAUCAGCCGAUGAUAAUGCACCCAUCACGAGCCUCAGUAACGAUACUGGCGAAGCCGGUGACAGCCCCAAGACUCCACGAUUCAAUCUCGGCUUCAGCCUACCACCACUUCGAAUCGACAGAAGUGAGGGAAAUGGUCAGGGCAUCUCUCCUCGAUUCAUUCAGCAAUAUGUGAUACCAACUGCUGCGUCUCGAGCAGGCGAAGUCAGGCACUCUCCUCCGAUGCGAUCAAGUGCGCCGAUGUCGCCGGUUCAUUUGGCUGGAAAUAGAUGGCCCGACGCGCGUUGGUCGGGCAUCUACGUACACGAAUCGAGAGCUCUAGAAGGAGGGAACCAACAAUAUCGACGCUCCAGACAACCGAGACGAGGGACGUGGCUGGGGCUUAGGCAGCCCGGCCAUGCUGGCACUCAACCGAAACGCUUUUUAUUCUGUUUGCCGUGGACCGCCUCACAACGUGCUCGGUCCCUGGCUGUGCAGUGCUUCGUCUCAGGGUGUCUGGUUCUCAUGACUCUGACUGUUUCGAGUCGACCCUGA